AAUUACAUAUAUAAUAGUCAAAUUGCUACAAUUACGGUAGGAGAGAGAAAUGAUUUUACAUGUAUAAUACUCCAAGAGACCGUUAGUUUCAAAAUCUGAAUUUGAAUAUUGCCGUGACGGAGCGGGCACUCCCAAUUUCACACUCCCUUCUGUUCUGAUUCUGAUUCUGAUUCUACCUCCGCAAACCCUAACUUCUCACCUCUGUCCUCCUCACUACUCCGCCUUCACCGGCGCCGUUGUUCUCCUCGCUCCAAUUCACAAUGGCUUCUCGGAACCAGAACAAGCCUCCUCACAGCCACUCCAACAAAAAGAUUGGUGCUGAAGAGAUGGAGAGACAAGGAGUGGUUGGGAGAGCUAGAGCGCCAUUAUCUGCUGUAGUGAACAACGCAGAGGGAACCGAUUCUAACACCAUCGAGUUCACAAAAGAGGAUAUCGAGGCAUUGCUUAUUGAGAAGAUGAAAAAGGGGAUUCCGUAUGAUAAUAAGAAAAAAAUGGACCAGAUGGUGGAUCUUAUUAAGCGGCUUAAGCUUUGUGUUCGGUGGUGUGUCGAUGAAAAUGAUAAACUUCACUCUGAAGUAGAGUCUGCUGCUAAAAAGUGCUGUGAUACUGAGAUGGAGAUGAAAAAUAAGACUGAUGAGCUGAAUGAUACUAUAUCUGAUAUGAGGAGGACAAUUUCUUCCUUAGAAGAGAUAAAUGUAAAAGAAAAGUUGGAAAAGUCGGAGGCUUGUAGACGACUUGAAGUUGAGAAAUCUAUCAUAGUUGAGAGCCUUAAUGCUACAAAAGAGCUUAAUAAGGAGUUGCAGGAUCGAUUGAAAUCUCUUAAAGAUUCACAGAGUGAAGCUAUAAAGCAUAAAGAAAUGCUAGAAAAUGAACUCACAUGCCUCCGCGAAGAACUAAAAAAAAUUACAGAAGAUCGUGAUCGCAUACAAGGACAACUAAAUGCUGUUUUUUUAGAACAGGAAAAAUACAUAAAAAUUAAAUACGAAACAUUAACAAAAUUGAAUAAAUUGGCAAUUAAAACAGAGGCUCUCGAGGAGACUUGUUCCUCUCAAAAGGAGACAAUAACUACACUGGAGCAAACAUUACGUUCUGAAAGGGAGAAGUCAGAGAUGGCUGAUUUAUCUGCUUUGCAAACAAGAACAAUGCUUGAAGAGCAGAAAAGAAUCAUACGAGAGCUACGAGAUCAGUUGACAGAUAAAGAAUUUCAAGUAGUCGAAGGAGAAAAACUAAGGAAAAAACUGCACAACACUGUCUUGGAGCUGAAAGGAAAUAUUCGCGUGUUUUGUCGUGUGCGACCUUUACUACGAGAGGAUCGUUCCGAAACGGACAUGGCUGUUUCUUACCCAACAUCAAUGGAAAUGCUUGGCCGGGGCAUCGAGUUGGUGCAAAAUGGACAGAAACAGCUUUUUACAUUUGACAAGGUGUUUAAUCAUGGCGCCUCUCAGCAGGAAGUUUUCACUGAAAUAUCACAACUGGUGCAAAGUGCGCUUGAUGGUUACAAGGUAUGCAUUUUUGCUUACGGACAAACAGGUUCAGGAAAAACCUAUACAAUGAUGGGUAGGCCUGAUGCUCCAGAUCUGAAAGGGAUGAUACCACUUUCUUUAGAACAGAUAUUCCAGACUAGUCAAUCCCUUAAAGACCAGGGCUGGAAUUUCAAAAUGCAGGCAUCAGUAUUGGAAAUAUAUAACGAGACUAUCAAGGAUUUGUUAUUAUCAAAUCGGUCAAGUGGGUUUGACCAAACACGAGCAGAAAAUAGUGUUCACGGAAAACAGUACACUAUUAGACAUGACAAAAAUGGAAACACGCAUGUUUUGGACCUCACCAUUGUCGAUGUUUGUAGUGUCGAUGAGAUUUCCUCCCUCCUGCAAAAGGCUGCUCAAAUCAGGUCAAUGGGAAGAACACAAAUGAAUGAACAAUCAUCAAGAAGCCACUUUGUCGUUACUUUGCGCAUAUGUGGUACAAAUGAGAACACUGAACAACAAGUACAAGGUGUCUUAAACCUGAUUGAUUUGGCUGGAAGUGAAAGACUUUCAAGGAGUGGGGCCACUGGAGACCGUUUGAAGGAAACUCAGGCUAUCAACCAAAGUCUCUCCUCUUUAAGUAAUGUCAUAUUUGCUUUGGCAAAAAAAGAAGAGCAUGUUCCUUUCAGGGAUUCAAAACUGACGCACCUACUCCAGCCAUGUCUUGAAGGGGAUUCCAAAACUUUGAUGUUUGUCAACAUAUCACCUGAUCAAUCUUCAAUUGAUGAGUCACUUUGUUCACUCCGCUUUGCAGCUAGAGUUAAUGCUGUGAAAUUGGGGUUUCAAGGUGUGAGACCUAGACAUAUACAUGGUGCUUAGAAGCUUAGUUGAGUUGAUUUACCAAAAAUGAAAACCAGUUACUACUAUGUAUUGUUUUGGUAAAAAAUGAUUGCAAGGGACUAGACUAGGCAUUGGUAAAAAUGGAAAACCAGUUACUACUUGUGAUAAUUGUUGGGGAUUAUGAAUUGAAUUUUGUAUGAACUAAAGAGAUAAUAGAGUAAGAAGAAAGUAAAAUUUUAUUGACAAUGAACAAGUGAGUAUUUACAAUGUAUUUAUAUGAUUACUUGAAUCUCAAGCAA